AUUUAUAUAUUAUUACACGUUUUAAUGAAAUGCCACUGAAUAUUAUCUGUGUUAGGAAAUAAAUUAUAAUAUGGCUUUAAAUGGAUUUGUUGAGUUCUUUCAAAAAGGCAAAUUGCAUGUUCCUCAAACAAAAUAUAUAUUUGCAGACUUUUCGGCCAAAAAAACGCUUUGCGGCAGGCACAAUUAGAUAUUCUCUCUACAAGCAAGCCCAAGCUAGUCUUCAAUCUGGCAUAAAUUUACGUCAAGUGGUGCGGUUACCUCCAGGGGAGAACAUGAACGACUGGUUAGCUGUGCAUGUUGUCGACUUUUUCAAUCGUAUCAACCUUAUUUAUGGGACUGUUUCCGAGUAUUGCGACGAAUCAACUUGUCCAACGAUGUCUGGAGGCUCCCGCUAUGAGUAUUUGUGGGCAGAUGGAGAUAUCUAUAAAAAACCAGUUGCUCUCCCGGCUCAAAAAUAUAUUGAACACUUAAUGGACUGGACUGAGACUCAAAUUAACAAUGAAGCCCUAUUCCCCGUAUCCACUGAUGUUCCGUUUCCAAAAACAUUUAUUGCUCUUUGUCGAAAAAUUUUAACUCGAUUAUUCCGUGUUUUUGUACACGUCUACAUUCACCAUUUUGACAGAAUCGUGAGCAUCGGCGCUGAGGCGCACGUUAAUGCUUGUUAUAAACAUUUUUAUUAUUUUGUAAAAGAAUUCGAUAUGAUUACAAGCAAGGAAUUGGAACCAUUGCACGAAAUGACGUCCCGGAUUUGCAAAGAUAAAGAUUAAAAAAAAAUAACAAUUGUAUUUGUUUUUAUUUAUUUUAAGUUUCAUAAAUAUGGGAAUAUUUCAUAAUUUUUAGUUACCUAAUUUAUGAUGUCGGGUUUCCCAACCCGGUAUUUAGUCGUAAAAUCUUUAGAUAAUAAUUAGUGAAGCAGCCCAACGUAAGUCUUCUUCAUUGUUUAUUAUUUGCACAGCCCUCUGUAAAUAACCAUUGUCUCCGCAUAUGCUUGCGCACGGCAGCGGCCGUUCUUUCGUAUAUCUAUCCCGUCUUCUUCGUUCCUGCACUUUUCUCGCGCUCUAGCUAACGUUCGUUCUCAACUUAUCAUCAGCACAAGCUGCACUUAUGCUCUCUUUUUAUCGCCUUCUCUCGCUCUCUUCUAAGAUGCUUUGCAUAGGGCACGGGCAAUUCGGUCCGUCUGCCCUGUAUUUAGUCUGGUAUUGAUCUUCGUUACCUUCGGUUUCUAUACUUGUACCAAUUAAUAUACAUACGCGUACUGCCGCUACUACAUGCCAGUAAA